AAGAAGGGUGCCAUGAAGCAAUUGGUUGAGCUGGACGACAGCCUGACCAGCCUCAUGUGGCUGAAGGACUUCUCAAUCAUCAAGUCCUCCUGCUGCCCCAGUGGCCCAGACCCCCCCAACUGUUACAGGAUCCCCAGCUUUGAUGCCCCGUGCUCACCCCUGGCCGCUGACCCAGCGUGCAUGGACUUGCCCCAUGCUCCUUGCAAGCCCAUCUCCUCCUCCACCUUGAGGACACCGCAGCAUGCCACGGCCAUGCCCACUCAGCUCACAGAGGACAUCAACUACAAGACCAACCCCCAUGUCAAGCCACCUUACUCCUAUGCCACCCUCAUCUGCAUGGCAAUGGAAGCCAGCAAGGAGCCCAAAAUCACCCUCUCUGCCAUCUACAAGUGGAUUACCGACAACUUCUGCUACUUCCGACACGCUGAUCCCACCUGGCAGAACUCCAUCCGGCACAACCUCUCCUUGAACAAGUCCUUCAUCAAGGUGCCUCGGGAGAAGGGUGAGCCCGGGAAAGGUGGGUUUUGGAAGCUCGAUCCCCAGUACGCUGACCGGCUCAGGAACGGUGCUGUGAAAAAGCGGAGGGUGUCCCCAGUGCAGAUCUGCCUGACCUCCACCAAAAAAGCCCAGCAAGGAGCACGGUGCGUCACCAGCACAGCCACUCCAGCUUGCACCUCUGAUAACAUCCUCAGCAUCAACAUGGAGUCGCAGCAGCUGCUGAAAGAGUUUGAAGAAAUCACCAGGAGCCAGAGCUGGAAUGCAGAGGACGGCAAGGCAGGGCACAAGCACAAGCAGCUCCCGCCCGACCGAACAGCCAAGGUGGCUCGGCUUUGCGACUCUGCCUUGCUGACCCAGGAAGAGCAGAGUGAGCUGGGGUCACUGAAAGGUGAUUUUGACUGGGAGGCCAUCUUCAACACCACCCUGAACGAAGACGCCUCCAUUUUUUCAGACCUGGACCUCAUGCCUCCAAUCAGUCCCAUAACACGCGACCUGGACUUGAUGGUACAAGGGUACCAGAUGGACUGUCCCCAGGGGCAGGAGCAGGUCCUCACCGAAUCCGAUGAGAACAACUGGGACUUUGAUGAAACCGCCAUGGCCACUGCUUUCCUGAAGCACUCCUGGGACGAAGGGACAAACGAUUGCCUCUCCAACUGCAUCAACAUAGACCAGUUGUUUGACUUCAACGAUACCUCUCUGCCAGUGGAUGCGAGCGACCCCAGCAAUCUGGCAUCCCUCUUAUAA